GUCAAAGCCGGAGUUCAGCAAGACGAAAACGUCGCUUUGACAUUCGCACGUGGUGUUCUUUUGAGUUUGAGCAGUGUACGGUAAACAUUCUCACAAUUCAACGAAUAAAUCGACAAAAAAAUUGGCUGCGAUAAUCAUGGCUAGCAAGCAUAAGCUCAAAGAAGCGUUUGAGGUGGAAUCAGAGUAUGGUGCAAUUUACACGGGUGGUUUGGUCAAAUGGACAUCAGAUGCGGAGAAAAUCUACUGUCAAGAUCAAGAGAAAAUCAACAUAAUUUCCGUUGCCGAUAACAAAGUGAUUCAAUCGAUAGGCGAGCAAAUCAAUGAAGGUGCUGUUGUGGAAGAUGCGAUUUACACAUUUGCCUUGAGCGAUGACGAUGAGCAACUUUGCACCGCCCAUCGAAGCAGUUUGAUUAAAUUGUGGCAGACCAACGAUGGAACGUUGGUAAAAAUGUGGAAGUCCACACACAAUGGACCGAUUCCACAGCUUGAAUUCAGUACGAAUUCAUCACUGAUUGCCAGCGGUGGUGCUGAUUCUUCGGUUCGGAUUUGGGAUCAUCAACGCAAGACUUGCAUCGGCAGUCUGAGAGGAUGCGUCGGUGUUUUGAGCGUAUUGAAAUUCAACCCACAGCCAACGAAUCGAACAGUUUUCGCUGCUGGUAAUGACAAUAAAAUCAACGGAUGGAAUUAUGACACACGAGAAUCAGUUUGCACAUUAAUUGGGCACAUGACAAAAGUGACGUCGCUGUCAUUCAGUGCAGAUGGCAAGUUUUUGGUGUCGGGAAGUCGAGAUAAAGUGUUAAUUUUGUGGGAUUUGCAGAAAUACGAACAAGUUCGCGUUGUGCCAGUUUACGAAACCAUCGAGAGUGCCAUCGUACUGCCGAAUAAUAUCAAAUUGCCCGCUGCCAUCAAAUUGGCCGAUGACAAAAUCUACGCCGCUUCAGCCGGUGAGGAUGGAGCGAUUAAGAUAUGGGAGAUGAACACAGCACGUUUAGUCUAUAAACAAGAGAAUAGUUUGGUGUCGAAAGCAAGCGAAACAGAAGGAUUGGCCAUCACACAAAUGCUGUACAAUAAAAAGGUGUCACAAUUUGCCGUUGUCAGCGCCGAUCACAACAUAAUGAUACAUAAUUCGAGCACAUUCUACUGUACAAAGCAAUUCAUUGGAUUCAGCGCAGAGAUUCUGGAUGUAGUGUUUGUUGGCAAAAAAGAUCGAUAUUUGGCCGUGGCCACAAACAGCGCCGAUAUCAAAAUCUACGACACACUUGACAUGAAUUGUAAAAUAGUCAAAGGGCAUACGGACAUUGUAUUGUCGUUGGCUUCGCUAAGAAAUUUCCUACUCUCCGCUGGAAAAGACAAUACGAUUCGCUUGUGGGAGAUUAAUCCGAGUGAUUUUACGGUUCGCUGUAUCGGUAUCGGUACCAAACACACAAAAGCCGUUGGUUCAGUUGCAUUCGGUAAAAUUUCACAUCAAACAUUCGCAUCGGUGAGUCAAGACACAUGCAUCAAAGUUUGGAAACUACCCAAAGAACUCGAUCCAAAUGCCACAAUCAAUUUGAAUUGUGUAGCCACGGAAAUUGCUCACAAAGAAGACGUGAAUUGUAUCACAAUUUCACCGAAUGACAAAAUGAUUGCGACAACGUCACAAGAUAAAACCGCCAAACUGUGGAGCCUCAGCAAUUUGUCACUGUUGGGUGUAUUGCGUGGUCAUCGACGUGGAAUUUGGUGUGCACGUUUCUCACCCGUUGAUCAAGUAUUAAUGACCACUUCCGGAGAUUGCACAAUUAAACUUUGGUCACUAGCCGAUAUGUCAUGUUUGAAGUCCUUCGAAGGGCAUGACAGUUCGGUGAUGAGAGCUGAAUUUUUGUGUCAAGGAAUGCAAAUUUUGUCCGCUGGAUCAGACGGUUUGAUUAAAUUGUGGAGUAUCAAGAGUUCGGAAUGUGUGACAACGCUUGAGAAACACGACGGUAGAAUUUGGACAAUGGCCGUAGCGACUGAUGAAUCGAAUUUCGUAAGCGGUGGUGCUGAUUCGUUGUUAGUCAAGUGGAAAGAUGUAACCGAAGAUCAAAAAUUGGCCAAACAAAAGGAACAACAAGAAUUUGCCCUUGAGGAACAAGAGCUCGCCAAUUUGCUACGGGAAAAGAAACAUCUCAAAGCAUUGAAAUAUGCACUUCGGCUGUCGAAACCGAAAUUGUCUCUCAACAUCAUAACAGAAGUAAUUAAAUUGCAAGAAGACGGUCUGGAUGAAACCAUCGCAAAAUUGAACGAAACCGAAAAAGAAAAACUUUUGAAUCAUACACUGUCAUGGAAUACAAACAGUCGAAACACACGCACCGCCCAAUUGGUAUUGAAUCUUUUGCUGAAGGAUGUGCUGAGCGGAAAAUUCAAACCAGCCAGUCGAAUCAAGUUAGUCGAAGAUGCAUUGCCAUACACAGAAAGACAUUUUAAACGAAUGACAGAGCAUUUAACAGCCAUCAAAGCACUGGAAUUUACAUUAAAAUGCAUGCAACCACAUGCAAAUUUGGAUAUUGAAAUGAAAUCCGACAAUGAAGAUUAAGUUUUUGAUUUAGUAAACAAUACAUUUAUUUUGUUUAAGGAAAAUGUUUUAAAUAAAACUUUAAUUUUUGAAUAAAAUCCACCAAAUUUAUUCG